AUGAUGAUUCUUUCAACGGAGCAAAUAUACGACACAAUUUCCAAGUCGGUCGACACUCAUACCGACGACUUGGCUUCAAUAUGUAAAAAGAUCCACGAAAACCCAGAGUACAACUUUCAGGAGUUCCAGGCCCAUGACAACAUCUGCGAUCUCUUGCAAAAUCUCGACUUCAAGGUAACGAGACAUGCAUAUGGUCUCGAGACAUCCUUUGAAGUCGAGUGUGGCCAAGGAGGCAAGUUGGUCGUGUUCAAUGCCGAAUAUGACGCUCUCCCUGGUCUUGGCCACGCCUGUGGACACAACUUGAUUGCAACAAGUUCAAUCGCUGCAUUCCUCGCAACAGCUGAAGUUCUUCGUCAUGGAAAACUUAAGGGACGAGUACGACUUCUUGGAACUCCCGCUGAAGAAGGAGGCGGAGGCAAGAUCCGUCUCAUCGAAGCUGGAGCUUAUCAAGGUGUCGACGCGUGUCUCAUGGCGCAUCCUACAGGACGUCUUUCGCCUGAGGGAACGAAGAGGGUAGAUGGUAUCUCGGCGGCCAAGUCGAGUGCGCGAAGGCAGUUGGAGGUGACGUUUAAAGGCCAGAAUGCUCACGCGGGGAUGAGUCCAUGGCAUGGGAAGAAUGCCCUCGACGCUGUGGUAUCGUCUUAUGUCAACAUUUCCCUUUUGCGACAGCAGUUGCCUCCUUCAGCACGAGUGCACGGCGUCAUCAGAUCAGGAGGCGCUGAGCCGAACAUCAUUCCUGAUACCACGAGUCUCGAGUAUUAUCUGAGAGAGAGCACAGUCGAGAGUAUCCAAGAUCUGUCACGCAAGGUGGAAGCAUGUUUCAAGGCUGGAGCGGUGGGAACUGGCUGCACAUUGGAGUGCGACUGGCAUUCAGAUAAAGACUACAUGGAGCUUUGCCCUAACACGGCCAUCUCUACAGAGUUUACGAGACACAUGAAGGCAUUUGGCAGAGAGUACCUUGAAGAUUCAGGGAAACCACCAAUGGGAGCUUCAACAGACAUGGGCAACGUCACCUUUCUCGUACCAGGCAUUCAUCCCAUGUUCUCGAUAGGAAUCGAGGACCCCCUGAUUCAGCCUCACACACCGGAGUUUGCAGCAGCAGCAGGUACUAAGGAGGCAUUAGAGAGCGCACUGGACUGCGGCAAAGGUCUAGCCGCAACAGCUUGCGAAAUACUUCUGGGGCCGGAGCUCUCAACCAAAGCUUGGGAGGAGUUUCAUCGGGAUGUGGAGCCGAUCAUAGAUAGACUGUAG